AUGUUUUCUGCAUUACGAUCAAGAAUAUUUUGUCAGACAUGCGGGUCUAUUCCUCGUUCAUUAAAACUGCUUGAACAUCAGUCAUUGAAUAUAAAUAAUCGUACAUACAAGCUUUCUGCUAUAUAUUUUCAACAACAAACACCAAAUGAUGCUUCAUCUUCUCCUUCGUCAUCAGCGAAAUUAUCUUCAUUAAUGGGUGAUAAUGAAAAUAAAACGCCAUUUAUAUUUUCUAAAACAUCAACAGAUCCAAAAUAUACAACUGAUCAAACCGACGAAGAAAAACGUGAACGUGAAGCUAAAGCUGCUUGGGAUGUACGAAUGUUAAAGUAUACCAGCUAUUUCCUUGGUGUAUGGUUGGUUUCAACCAUAGGUUAUAUUAUUCUUGUUUGGGGCGCGCCUCAAAUUGAUCAAGACGGAAAUAUUGUGAGAGAUCAAUAUUCAGAUUUGCCAUCAUGGAAACAAUAUAUUAAACGAUCAUUUCGAGGAAUUAUUGACUAUUGGCAAACAAUUAAAGAUCCAACGAGUGAUAAACUUUUACCUGAUCCAUUGCCAGCACCUUAUCAACCAAAAUAUACAUUAGUCAUUGAAAUGUCAGGAGUUUUGUUAAAUCCUGAAUGGGCUUAUAAUACUGGAUGGAGAUAUAAAAAAAGACCUGGAUUAGAUUAUUUUUUAAAAGAAAUCGGCUAUCCAGUUUAUGAAGUUGUUAUUUAUACAAAAGAAACGCCAUGGGGUGCUGCAUCGGUUAUACAAAAUAUGGAUGGUGAUCAUCGUAUCAUGUAUAGUUUAUUUCGUGAAAAUACUCGUUUUAUUAAUGGAACUCAUGUUAAAGAUUUAGCAUGUCUUAAUCGGGAUUUGAAAAAAAUUAUUUUCUUAGAUUGGGAUGAAAAUUCUUAUCAAUUACAACCACGAAAUGCUUUACAUCGUUUUAAAAAAUGGGAUGGUAACGAUGACGAUAGGCAAUUACUUCAUUUAGCUUCAUUUCUUCGAAUGAUUGCUGCGAGUGGUGUUGAAGAUGUACGCGAUGUACUUGAUCAUUACAAUCAAGAAACAGAUCCUAUUGAAACAUUUUUAAUUCGACAACAAAAAUUACUCGAAAUAGAAGAAGUAAAACGACAGAGAGCAGCAACACAAAAUUCACCUGGAAAACCAUCAACGGGACUAUUUAGUGGUCUGAUAGGUUCUAAACGAUUUUAA